CUAUAUUAUUCUUUUUUAUUUAAAUAUUGUCUUAUUUAUAGUCUCAUAUUUUGUUGCCCUUUAUGUUGUCUUGCACUGUUCAUUAGGUCUCAGAGAAAUGUUAUUUCAUUCACUGUAUACAUCUAUGUGCUUAUAUGUGCUGAAAAUAAAGCUCUUUUGAAUUUAGAAACAUCCGAGGCAAUAUCUUUAUGUUUUAUUGAAACACAACUGGUAACUCCAUAUACACUAAUGAGCAAUGAUCACAUUGGCUUAUGUUGAAGAUCUGGGAGGAGAAAUCUGUUUGUAUAGAGAGACACUGAAGGAAGCUCCUGCAGUGCUGAGCAAGUGUUCGCCCAAACUGAGCGGUUCUUUUAGUUCCUGUCUCAAAGUCAACGCCCCCUUCCUCUGAAAUGUCAUGUGAGGCUCUUCUCCCCAACAUGCUUCUUCUCAAUCUCUGUCAUGAUACAAGCUGACUCAACUUUUCAAUUUUAGAUAUGGAUUACAUCAACAAUACACAGACAGAACAGAAAAACGGCACGAAUGUCAGCAGUGUGUUCACGCAUCAGGUUCUGCCUGUGCUCUACUCCAUCAUCUGUGCUUGUGCCUUCAUUCUCAAUGGACUUGCCGCUUGGAUCUUCUUCAGUGUUCCCAGCUCCUCAGCUUUAGUCGUUUACCUAAAAAACAUGGUGGUGGCAGACAUUCUGAUGCUGUUUACCUACCCGUGGCGUGUGGUGGGUUAUCUUGGUUACGGCGGCUUGCAGUUGAAGCUGAUAGUUUGCCGCUACACAGCUGUGCUUUUCUACCUCUGCAUGUACACAGGAAUAACCUUUAUGAGUCUCAUCAGCUUGGAGCGCUACUUCAAAGUCGUCCGCAGCACCUCUGCUAUGUCUUCCCUUCUGGAGUGCGUUUCGGUAGCGAAGGCUUUCGCGUUGGUAGCUUGGGGCGUCAUGAUGUUCUUCAUGCUGCCCAACACCAUAUUAACCAACCAGCCCAUGCCUGAAGUUUUUUCCUGCAUGGCCCUGAAAAGUGAACUGGGUCAGCGCUGGCACGAAAUUUCAGUCCACUUCAACGUUGGAAUCUUCUGGGUGGCGUUCAUCCUGAUGGUGUUUUGCUACACCUCCAUCGCCUGUCACGUGUACCGCUCUAACAAACGGGUGCAACGGGACAGCAGCGAGGCAGGACGAAGGUCAAAUCGAAGCAUCUUUAGCUUGCUGGCUGUGUUUGUCUUCUGUUUUGUGCCCUACCACAUUUGUCGCUUACCCUAUACGCUUAGCCAAAGGCCCGGGGCUGGUUUUAGUGAGCACAACCACUUCACUCUCUUCCAGGUAAAAGAAACUGCGCUCUUCCUGUCUGCUCUUAACGUCUGUUUGGAUCCUAUCAUUUACUUCUUCAUGUGCAGGACAUUCAGAGAAUCACUUUUGCAGAAGAUGUCUUCUGUAAACCGAGAAAACAGGAGGCCUUCAAUCGGCACUGGGCUGACUAUUGGCAAUCUGUAAGAGAAAGAGCAACAAGAGAGAUGUGCAUUGGCCAUUUGCAAGAUGGAAAAACUUUUUAAAACCACAUACCUAGCUGUGGUUUCCUUGUAUACGAGAAUGCAGAAUGAUGAGGCAGAAUAAAAGAAAGUCAAACUGAA